AUGCAUAAUGCCCUGUUUGAUCUUUGUCUUGCAGCUGUCUCCAAUUUGGACAUUGAGAGUAAGUUGAGUGUAUACUACCGUGCACCAUGGCACCAACAGCGAAACAUCUUCCUCCCAGCCACCAGGCCACCCUGUGUGGAGGAGCUGCACCGCCAUGCCAGACAGAGUCUGCAAGCCCUGCGCAGAGAACACCGGAGCCGAAGUGAUCGACGGGAGCAAAGAGCUGCUGCCCCUCUCUCCAUAGCUGCUCCACCACUGCCAGCCUACCCUCCAGCUCACAGCCAGAGGAGGCGUGAGGCCAAGGACCGUCACUUCCUAACGUUUAACAGCACCCGCUCGCCCUCCCCCACUGAGUGUUGCCACAUGGCCCCAUGGAGUAGAAAGUCCCACUCUCCAGAGGAUGAAGAAACAGAUGUUAUGUUAGGACAGAGGCCGAAAAAUCCAAUACACAAUGUCCCCUCUACACUGGACAAGCAAACCAACUGGAGCAAAGCGCUACCUCUCCCGACUCCCGAGGAGAAGAUGAAACAAGAUGCCCAAGUGAUUUCUUCUUGCAUUAUUCCCAUCAAUGUCACUGGAGUUGGUUUUGACAGAGAAGCUAGUAUACGCUGUUCUCUUGUUCAUUCACAAUCCGUGCUACAGCGGAGACGAAAAUUGAGGAGAAGGAAAACCAUCUCGGGGAUUCCCAGAAGAGUUCAACAAGAAAUAGAUUCUGAUGAAUCACCAGUGGCCAGGGAAAGGAAUGUGAUUGUGCACACAAACCCAGACCCCUCCAACACUGUCAAUAGGAGGUCCGGAACCAGGGAUUCCGAAUGCCAAACUGAAGAUAAUCUGAUUGCUGCCCCAUCCAGAAGGAGAAUCAGAGCUCAACGGGGUCAAAGCAUUGCAGCUUCCCUUUCUCAUUCUGCUGGCAACAUCUCUGCACUGGCAGACAAAGGCGAUACCAUGUUUACUCCUGUAGUGAGCAGCCGCACAAGAUCUCGGAGCCUUCCUCGGGAGGGAAAUAGAGGUGGAGAUGCUGAACCCAAAGUUGGUGCUAAGCCCUCAGCAUAUGAAGAAGGGGCGCCUUUCGUGGGUGACCAUGAAAGAACCACUAAUGAUUGUAGUGAAGCGCCGAGCAGCCCAAGUGCAAAGGAACACCAGCCUGCUUUGGGCCUGGCCUGUUCUCAACAUCUUCACAGCCCUCAGCACAAGUUAAGUGAGAGAGGGAGGUCGCGCCUGUCCCGAAUGGCGGCUGACUCUGGAAGCUGUGACAUCUCCUCCAACUCAGACACCUUUGGAAGCCCCAUCCAUUGCAUUUCCACGGCUAGUGUCCUUCUUAGCAGCCACAUGGACCAGAAAGAUGACCACCAGUCGUCCAGUGGUAAUUGGAGUGGGAGCAGCUCUACAUGCCCAUCACAGACCUCAGAGACAAUCCCUCCAGCAGCUUCUCCUCCCCUCACUGGCUCUUCGCACUGUGACUCAGAAUUGUCACUGAACACUGCUCCUAAUGCUAAUGAAGACACCAGUGUCUUUGUGACAGAACAGUACAAUGACCACUUGGAUAAAGUAAGAGGCCACCGGACAAACUCCUUCACCUCCACUGUUGCAGAUCUGCUGGAUGAUGCCAACAACAGCAAUACCAGUGACAGUGAGUGGAAUUAUCUGCACCACCAUCAUGAUGCAUCCUGCCGCCAAGAUUUUAGUCCUGAGCGUCCAAAGGCAGAUAGCCUGGGCUGCCCAAGCUUCACAAGCAUGGGUACUUAUGACAGCUUUCUGGAAAAGUCUCCUUCAGACAAAGCAGAUACUAGCUCUCAUUUCUCAGUGGACACAGAAGGAUACUAUACCUCGAUGCACUUUGACUGUGGUCUCAAAGGUAAUAAGAGCUAUGUCUGUCACUAUGCAGGCCUGGGCCCAGAGAAUGGUCAGGGUGUAGGAGUUCCUCCUGGUCUUCCGGACUGUGCCUGGCAAGACUACAUAGACCACAGGAGGCAGGGGAGACCAAGCAUCUCUUUCAGGAAACCAAAGGCAAAGCCAACUCCACCUAAACGUAGCUCAUCGUUGAGAAAGUCUGAUGAAAAUGCAGACAUUUCUGAGAAGAAAGAACCAAAGAUAAGCACUGGUCAGCAUCUGCCUCACAGUUCCAGGGAAAUGAAGCUGCCUCUUGAUUUCUCCAACACGCCUUCUCGAGUGGAAAACGCCAAUCUGCCUGCAAAGCAGGACUCUUCUUGGAUAAACCAGAGUGAACAUGCUAUUAAGGAACCUCAGUUGGAUGCUACAGACAUUUCACCAUUCAAAGAUGAAGGUGCUGAAUCAACUCACUAUGCAGACCUCUGGCUUCUAAAUGACUUGAAAACAAAUGAUCCUUACAGAUCCUUAUCUAAUUCAAGCACUGCUACGGGUACCACAGUAAUCGAGUGCAUCAAAUCUCCGGAGAGCUCUGAAUCCCAGACAUCCCAGUCAGAAUCAAGGGCAACCACCCCAUCUCUUCCUUCUGUCGACAAUGAGUUUAAACUGGCUUCACCAGAAAAGCUGGCUGGCUUAGCAUCUCCAUCAAGUGGCUACUCAAGCCAGUCGGAGACGCCAACCUCCUCUUUCCCUACGGCUUUCUUUUCAGGUCCAUUGUCUCCUGGAGGUAGCAAAAGAAAACCUAAAGUCCCAGAAAGGAAAUCCUCACUACAGCAACCAUCUUUAAAGGAUGGAGCCCUAUCAUUGAAUAAAGAUUUGGAACUUCCAAUUAUACCUCCUACUCAUCUUGACCUAAGUGCUCUUCAUAAUGUUUUGAAUAAACCAUUCCAUCACCGUCACCCAUUGCAUGGUUUUACUCAUAAACAGAACACAGUAGGAGAUAUACUGAGGUCAAAUCCUCCUCCGUCUCUUGCAAUUACACCAACAGUCCUGAAAUCGGUCAACCUGAGGUCCAUCAGUAAGUCUGAAGAAGUUAAGCAAAAGGAAGGCAACAAUACAGAUCUCCCCUGCUUAGAAGAGAGUACUGUCACAGUGGCUUCUGUGGCUUCUUCAUCUCCAGGUAAAACAAGGCCACACACAGCAAAGAAAUCAAUAUCACGCCAGUACUCUGCUGAAGACACCCUCCUGUCCUUUGUAGAUUCCUCUGCAGUUGAAAUGGGGCCAGAGAAACAUUUGGAAAAGAACCCCACUUUGGAUGUGAAGAGUCACUGCGAUCCAGAAACUGUAACCUCAGCUAGUAGCAAUCAUCCAGAUUCAAAUGUGAUGAAAGACCAAAUACGGAUGGAAAGUGAGCUUAUUCCAGAAAACAUACCAAGUAAGAACUGUGGAUUUUCAACAGGAUUUCAGAGGGUGUCUGCUGCCCGCCCCAGUGAUUUGGGUAGUAAAAUGAUGCAGUACGGAGCUAGUCCAGAUGGAGCCCCACAACAAGGACAGAAGGCACCCUCUGGAGUAGGGGAAGAAGGUGGGAAACCAGAAUCUGUGGAUGGAAUCACAUUUCAAGCUAACUCACCAACUAGAAUAACAGACAUAAGCAGUCAACAUAAGCAUCGUAUUGUGAGCCGCCACCAUGACAAAGUGCCUGUGACUAUCCGCCAUGAGUCAGAGAUGUCAACUCUAAAUUCAUUCCCUGAAAAAUGUUCUGAGCAGGAAAAUAUUGCUUCAGGUAUUUCACCCAAAAGUGCCUCUGAUAACAGCAGAGCAGAGGAGACCCAAGGAAGUAUGGAUGAGACUUCAUUGAAAGAAUCAUCACCAAGUGAUGACUCCAUCACUUCACCACUCUGUGAAGACUCUCAAGCUGAAGCUGAGGGUGUGUUUGUGUCUCCAAACAAACCUCGAACAACUGAGGAUCUAUUCGCUGUCAUUCACAGAUCCAAGAGGAAAGUCCUUGGAAGAAAAGAUUCUGGGGACAUGGCUGUUAGAAGCAAGUCCAGAGUUCCCCUCGGCAGCAAUAGCAGCGGCGCCAGCUCUGUCCCUUCAACCAGCAACACUGUGACAGCUGGGACUAGCCAGAGGUCUCCUGGUCUCAUCUACCGAAACGCCAAAAAGUCCAACACAUCCAACGAAGAGUUUAAGCUCCUGCUUCUCAAGAAAGGCAGUCGCUCAGAUUCUAGUUACCGCAUGUCUGCCACGGAAAUCCUGAAGAGCCCUAUCCUGCCCAAGCCUCCUGGAGAGUUCACUUCAGAGUCUCCACAAAGCCCCGAUGAUACCCACCAGGGCACACCUGGGGCUGAAGCACUGUCCCCUCUGUCACCGUGCUCUCCACGAGUCAAUGCAGAAGGAUUUUCCUCAAAAAGCUUUGCCACCUCAGCGUCAGCGCGGGUUGGACGUUCCCGGGCCCCGCCUGUGGCCAGCAGCAGCCGCUACAGUGUCCGCUGCCGCCUGUACAAUACGCCGAUGCAGGCCAUCUCCGAGGGAGAGACUGAAAACUCUGACGGGAGCCCACAUGAUGACCGAUCCUCCCAGAGCUCCACAUAGUUUGCCUGGGCCACGCUGACCUCAGAUGUCUAACCCCUUACUAAGGAAAGGAUUUUGU